CGGCUUGGUCAGCGAUCCGCAUUACUGCUGACGUCAGGUCACACAAGCUGGGAACAUGGCGUCUGCAAAAGCCCCUAGUCGUCGGUACAAGUCUCGGGAUUUCUGCGGCCUAUACUCGGUAUUCACCAUCAGUGCAGGACUGGUGUUUCCCCUGGCAUUGGCUUUCUCCAGCUCUAGGCAUAUCACUGCUGUGUGUUUGGAGGUUUUCCAGGGCUACCUGUACUUGGUCUCCAUUGGUUAUCUGAUCUACGUUUUUCUGCACUACCUGCAUGUAAAAGAUCCCGAAAAACCAAGGCAGGUAGCCUACCACGAAAACAAAGUGCACUUGGACCACGCUGACAAAGAUGAAGAUGGAUUCAGCAACGGAGCCACGUCAUCCAAGGAGUCCCCGAAGAAAUCAGUCGCCAGCGGGGAGGAAGAACUUCCGGCUGUUCACUACGGCGGAGAGGGUCUCACUUUGUAUCUACGGAUAGGCGCCAUAAUUUUCGGAUUUGGCGGGUUCCUGUAUGAUAUAUUAAAAAUAAUAGAAUUCGGGACGGAAGUGUCACGAGGUUGCAAACCCUCCACCAACAUCGUGUCGACCGUCAUCAACCCUAUCUUCGUCAUUGUUCAAACUUAUUUCAUUUUCCGAUUUCACAAGAUAGUUGUGACAAAGAAAAAGGGUUUAGCCAAUUUUGGCUUUAGCCACGUGGCUGCGACCAACGCAUGCGUGUUUGUGGCGUACUCUAUUCUGGACACCGAAGAUGACUUCCGGGAGAGCUUAAAAGAGACUGCCGACAACUCCACCCCAAAUGAAUGCAGUCGUCUACAGUCCCUCUUCGACCGGGCGUCGCCAUUUUUGUACCCCUGUGUUCUCGAGUACAGCAUCAUCGGUGCGGCCCUUAUGUACACCAUCUACAAGAGCAUCGGCGAACCACCCGAGGACGAGUUCGAGCGGCAGGAGAGGGAGAGGGAUAAGCAGCUCAAAUCUCGGGCUCUAAAGGACCACGUGCCAUCUGUGAUUGGGGGGAUAUUAGGGCUUGGCGUUGGCCUUGUCACAGUCAUUAUGAUCACAAUAUACAUGGUGGUGUUCGAGGACAGCGAUACGGGAAAUGACGUCAUUGGUGUUGAUAUUAUCGCAUCUUUGGAUAUCUUGUUGCUGGCGUUAGCAGGGAUAUCAGUGAUCAUAGGGUUCGUUUGGAUGAAGGAUUUGAAAUACAUGGGUAUGGAGAUAGACACUUUGGACGACAACCUCUUGUUGGUGUCGACUGCUGGAGUUUUUGUCAACGGUCUCUUUCUUCUUCUGUCUGUUGUGUCAUCCAUUGGGGAAGCAGAAACGUCCACCGUGAUCCCAAUACUGUUCUUGUGUGUCAUGGGAAUGACACAGGCCACGGCACAGUUCGUGUUCAUCACAGACAGUAGCCGUCGCGUCCCGGACGUGAAAACGCCGUACAGUACGCACGCGGCGCAUCGGCGUGGGCGUGGCCUUAUUGUGUUUCUCAUGGCCUGUAAUCUUUGCAUCUGGGCCGUGAACACGCUGGCGGUGAAAAGAGUCGAAAAGAUAACGAUAUUUAACGACUUCUACGGCACUUUACCUUGGAUGAUUUUGUAUAACCUGACCGUCCCAGUCGUGAUUUUUUUCCGUUUCCAUUCAGCAGCCGUUUUAGCAAUAAGUUGGAAAAAUGCGUUUGUGAAGAAAGAUUAAUUUUACAGUAAACACCCAGCUUAA